GACAUUAAUUAACCCCCCAGGACCCCCUGUAUUUUGCACAUUGACUGCCUGUCAGCCGAAGGUCACCUUGCCCAGUGACAAGCAUAGGCCUGAUGGGUUUAAAGCCCCCCAGAAUCCUCACAGCAAUGUUCCCGCAUCUAGUCUAAAGCCUUCCCAGAAGAGUAGAGGCUGAAACUGCAGCACAAACUCCCCAAAAGUCAUUUUGUAUGAUGUCAAAAUAUGUGACACAAUCCAGGAAUCCACUGAACGUCCUGUUGCUUCACGCAGUUCUGAAGCUAUUUUAAUGGGACUCUUAAGAAGCAGGAAAAGAGAGAAGGACUGGAGACGGAGCUGGAUUCAAAAUGAGCUUAACAUACUUAAACCUGCUCCUGGCAAUUACAGGACUUUUGCAAGUGGUUAUUGCAGGUAAACCCCAGAAGGUGAAGAUUUCCGGUCCUGAGGAGGUGAUAGCUGGAGUGGACGCCCUGUACGAGUGCUCUGCUCUCUGCACGGGACUCUGUCAUUACUCCUGGAUCGUGGGAGGCCAAACUGUUGAUGGAAGCACGUUUACUCUGACUACUAACGGCGAGAACACAGUCGUGUCGCUGACGUGCCUAGUGUCAGAUGAAAAGCAAAUGAACUUUGAGAGCACGGUCAUAUCAGUGACAGUGAUAAAUCCCAUUUCUGUGAGGCCGUCAAAAGAUCAGCCGGUGCUUAACCGGGAGCCUAAAGUGGGCCGCUCGUUCAAGCUGACGUGUGAUGGCGCCACUCCACCAGUCACUAUAAUCUGGCUUAAGGGUUUUGAACUUCUUACCUUAAACUCCAGGAUGAGUCUGUCCCCCGACAACACCACGCUGUCCUUUAGCAGCCUGGAGGCUAAGGACAGUGGUGAGUACAGGUGCAAAGUCCUUAAUGGAAGUGCUGCUGUCAUAAGCAAGGGCUACUGGAUUUAUUUUGGCUUUGUUCAAGUGGGCGUGACUGGGCCGAGAAGUGCUGAACUGGGCUUUGAGACUGAGUACACAUGCAGUGCAGAGUGUGGGGUGGGCUGCACUGUACAGUGGGCGCUGCGUACCGGCUUUCCGAAGGGUAGAUUCAUCGCAGAUGGACCAAAGAUCCGCUGGACUCCCUCUGAACUCGGACAGACCCAGGUUUUCACCUGCCUUGCUCUUAACCCAGUAGCGGGCAAGCUUGGAGAGGUGUCCGUACCUGUGACUGUUAUAGAGGCGCGGCCACGCCCCAGCCCCAGCAAUGCCAUCUCUGCCAGGCCCAGUGUCGCCAUGGUGAUCAGUGCCACUCUACUGAUGCUCGUUUCUGCUUUGGCCUGAGGGGGGAGCUCCAGAACCAGGCAUCAUAAUAGUGCAGGGCAUCACGAUGCUACAGGGCUGCAUCCUAGAGGAGUUACUCCAGUACAGAACGCGCCCCCUACUGUUCACCCAAAAAUCCUCAAAGCCUGCAUGUUUAUUUCUGCUCUAAGAGGUGCAGAAAGAAAUAAAGACCCCAGAAGUCCUUUUAAUCCAGAGCGACCCCCUACAAAUGAGAAGACUGCCUGUCCUGUUAUGUUUUAUUUUGUUGUAAGCUUGACAAAUGUCUGGCCUUACUUUACUGUACAUGGAGAACACCUCAGUGACCUUUUCAAAGGGUCAGAAAUCAGCUGGUGAUCAGUGAUCUGUCCCCAAACUAUAGAAUGUCUUUCUCCAAAACUAUGCAAACCUUUAAUUCUUCAAAACUUAGAACAUCUUUCAUCAAACUAGUGCAAAAAAGUGAUGCAAACAGUUCAGAACUCCUACAUUUGCAAAUUAUGCCAUUUUCUUUAUUCACAAUUUCUACACUCUUAAAAAAGACUUCUUCAGUAAAGAUGGUGGUUCUAUUUAGAACCAUGGACAUCUAAAGAACCCUAUGAUUUAAGGAUUCUUUGCAUCGUGACAAGGUUCUUCAGACUGA